AUGGAGCACCUUCCGUCAAGCACGCAGCACCACCAUCGCGAGCACCGCCGCCUAACCAAGAAAGCCCCGCCACCAGUCGCCUACAACGCCCAUCGCUCGCUACGCCGCGCUCCCUCCGCCCCGACCUACCCGCACUUCCACUCACUCGGUCACGGCCACCAGCGCAGCCCCACGGGCGAGUUCCCGUCCUCGUCCAGCUCCUCGCUCGAGCGCCAGCAGAGCGCCGUCGACGACUCCGCAUACGCUCACCAGCAGCGCCAGGCCCGCCGCUCCGUCACCGAGAAGAGCUCCUCCGAGCUCAUUGGGUCGCCGUUCGACGCCCAGGGCCUGUACCAGAACAUAAACGCCAUCAGCACAAGCAAGAACAGGGCUUCCAACUCGCCCGCGCGCCCGCCGCCCCCGCAGCACUCGCAGACGGCGGAUGCCCACCUCUUCACCCCACGCCUCAGACAGUCGGCCAGUUUCGCAGCGCUGGGUCGCAAGAUGGAGACCCUCAACCCCGCAAAGUCCGACGACAACCACCACAAGCGCUUCUCGGGCGAGGUGAGGCCCUCCAAGCUCACCCGGCCCGACACCCUCAAGAAGACAAAGACUGGCUUCACCAACUUUGUGAGCGGCCUCGUGGGGUCGCCGCGCCGUCCGACCAUCAGUACCCCAACCAACCCGCUCCACGUCACCCAUGUGUCGAUCGAUAACGACACUGGCGAGUUCACGGGAUUGCCGCGAGAAUGGCAGAACAUCCUCAAAGCGAACGGCAUCACCGAGCAAGACCAGACGCAGCACCCUGAGGCUCUCGUCGAGGUCGUCAACUUUUUCCAGGAGAACCAGGGCGGCCGCGCCGAGGAACACAUCUGGGACAAGCUGGGCCAUGCCCAACCGAGCAGCAACAUCGUGUCGCAGCAAGUAGGCGGCAUGACGCCGUUGAUGAGCCCUCCCGUUAGCCCUCGCUUCCCCCGCAAUGCCGAAGACUCUUUCGAGAACCCUCGCGCGCCGCCACCGAUCCCUCGACCAGGUCACGCCUCGAUGCAAGCUCAGUCGCCCCAAGUCAACGGCGAGAUGCUUCCGCAUCGUCCGGCCCCCAGGCCGCCGCAGGCCCAGCAACAGCAGCCCAAGGUUAUGCCGCUUCGCCCCGCGCCGCCCGCGCCUGCUGCUGGCAUGGAGCGCGUGCCAGAAGAUCACUCGCCUAUCACGUAUGCUUCUCCAAUUGCCAAUGAGAAUGCUCACGCUAAGCCAAACGGUCAACGCAGUCGCUCGAAUACGACCACGGAUGCACCCCCCACGAACUACGGUCCGCCCCCGACGCAAGGCUCGACUCAGCAAUACCAAGCUCAGCAAGAGCAGGCAAUGCUCCAGGCUCAGCAAUCGAUUGCUCGUCAACAGGCGCAGAUUGAGCGGACCCGAAGCCAGCGCCACUACCAGCAGAACCCCCCUUACCAACCGCCGAAUCCCCAGCAGCAGUUUGCUCAAGCGACCGAUCCGAACAAUGUUCCCCACUCCACUCAAGCACCACGCAUGGGCCCCGCCCCGCCAGGUGGUCGCCCUGGUCAACGGCGGCAACGGGCAAGCGCUCAGCCCAGCGAUAUCAUCCAGAGGCUGAACGCAAUCUGCAACCCUCAAGAUCCCACCACGAUGUACAGAAAUCUUAACAAGAUCGGUCAAGGUGCCUCGGGUGGUGUUUUCACGGCGUAUCAGGUCGGCAGCAAUCGCUGUGUUGCCAUUAAGCAAAUGAACCUGGAUCAACAACCAAAGAAGGAUCUGAUUAUCAACGAGAUCCUGGUCAUGCGCGAAUCCAAACACCGCAACAUUGUCAACUUUAUGGAUUCCUUCCUGGUCAAGGGCGAUCUUUGGGUGGUGAUGGAGUACAUGGAAGGAGGUUCGUUGACGGAUGUGGUAACUUUCAACAUCAUGAGUGAAGGCCAAAUUGCUGCUGUUUCCCGCGAGGUUCUUUGCGGUCUCCAACACCUGCACUCGAAGGGCGUCAUCCACCGCGAUAUCAAGUCCGAUAACAUUCUACUUUCCAUGGAGGGGAACAUCAAGCUCACGGACUUCGGUUUCUGUGCGCAGAUCAACGAGUCCGAGCGGAAGAGGACAACCAUGGUCGGCACGCCGUACUGGAUGGCUCCGGAGGUCGUCACGAGGAAGGAAUACGGCCGCAAGGUCGACAUUUGGUCUCUAGGCAUCAUGGCCAUCGAGAUGAUUGAGGGAGAACCGCCGUACCUGAACGAGUCUCCCCUUCGCGCUCUUUGGCUCAUUGCGACCAACGGCACCCCUGCCAUUAAGGAGGAGCACAACCUCACGCCUGUGUUCAAGGAUUUCCUUGCGUUCGCCCUGAAGGUUGAACCUGAUAAGCGUGCGAGCGCGCACGAUCUGCUCACUCACCCGUUCAUUCAGACGGCUGAGCCCCUCGCCACACUUGCGCCUCUGGUUAAGGCCGCUAGACAGGCCCGCGCCGAAGAGCGCCGCAAGAAGGGCGGCGCUUAG